AUGUUGCGCACGGCCAGUCGCCUCGCGCGCCGCCGAUCGCCAUGGCAGCCGACGCGCUUCUUGUCGAGCGAGAGCUUGAGCUUCCCGCGCACCAAGCUAUCGUACCUGAGCAGUAAGCUCAAGCGCCCAGAAGCCGCCUUUGAGCCGUUCAUUGCCACGCUCGAGGACAACUGGUACACGAGCGAGGCCGACGUCUUGGCGCUCACGUCCGCCGACGCGGCGACGCUCCACAUUCCGCUGCGCAUUCUGCAAUUGCUUCAGGAAGGUGCGCCGGUCGCGGCGCCAGUCGUGCACGACACGUUCGAGCCCGAGCCCGCGGCGGCGCCCGAGCCCACGCCCGCCGCCGCCACGCUGCCAGUCGUCGACUCGAGCGCGGUCAUGACACCGCCGACGCGCGCCAAGUACGAGUCCAUCCGCAUUGGCAAGAAGAAGCAAGACACGUACGGCCUGACUGCGGCCGAGACGCCCGAGGCGCUCCAGCUCGAGCUUAAUCGCUUCCUGGCCUACAUGACGACGCCAUCACUUGGGCAAAUGGAGCCGCCGAUCCGCAUGAGCACGGCGGAGCCGUACAUUCGAUUGAUCCGGCUCGCGCUGGGGUAUGCACGUGACCACACCGAGCUGCAAGGGCCGUUGACGCUCCAAACGCUGAUCCCAUCGGCCGAAGCGUCGUCGGCUGAGGUCAUCUUCCAGUACAUUCAGUGGCUUCGCCUCGAGCGCAAGGCCGCGCCCAACUACUGCGCCAACAUGCUCCGAGCACUCUUGAAGCUCGCCAAGUACCUCUAUGGCCGCGGCAGUAAGCUCGACCCAACGUACGGUGACAAGGCCUUUGACGACAUUCCCGUGAUUCGCGAACUGCGCAAGAUGCACAAGACCACGUCGUUGCAGUCGGGCCAGUCGCACCGCGCGGUCGACGAAGAAAAGAAAUGGCUCGCGUGGCCCGAUUUUCUGGGUGUCGUCGAGGCGCUCAAACUCGAAUGCAAAGAGACGACCGAGAACGACAAGCCGCGCACCAAGUACGCGAUUGCGCAGAGCUACCAAAAGUGCGUCAUGCUGGGCAUUUUCUCGGGUAUUCCCGACCGUCAGCGCACGCUGCGUGAGAUCGAGAUUGGCCGAACGCUGCACCAAAAUGCAUCGGGUCAGUGGAUCAUCACGCAUGGCCCGGACGACUACAAGACGGGCAAAGCGUAUGGCGAGCGUCCGCCGCUGGUCAUUCCAGACCAUAUUGUGCCAUAUUUAAACGAGUUUUUGACCACGUGGCGCAAGGAGCUAAAUCCCGUGGACGGCCACAACUUUUUGUUUUGCAACACCAAGGGCGAACAAGCGACGGCUGACUUUAUCUACCGCACCUUUACACGCACCAUUUACCGCCAUACAGGAAAGAAGACCAACCCGCACUUGCUCCGCGAUAGCAUCGUGACCUACUUGCGCGGCCAGAGCUCCGCGACCGAGAAGGAUCUGGAAGCCCUUGCCAUCUACAUGGGCCAUAGUUUGCACAUGCAAAAGAGCUCGUACGAUCGUCGUACCAAGUCGCAAAAGGUCGCGCCCGCGAUCGAGCUCAUUCAGUCCAUCAAACCGGCCAUUCUGAAGAAAUAAAGAGUAUUACCAGAAAGGGCAUGUCGACGUCCUCAGCUUGUGCUGGAUCGCAUCCGCGUGGUACGAUGAAUUCUCCACGGAUAUUCCGUCUCUGUGCCUCCUUGUUGAAUCUUUUGAGUUGCCAGCGGUAUGCUAAAUAGC